AUGCUACGAGUAGGGCCGAUUUGUCGCUAUGUGGAGGAUAUCCCACUUCUUGUUCAGGUGAUGGGUGGUGAGAAAGUUCCCGAACUACGACUUUCUGAAACGGUGGACCUUGGCAAAACCCGUGUCUUCUACAUGGAAGGCAUACAGAUUCCGACAAUUCAAUCGCUGAGCGCUGAAAUGAAAGCGGCUUUACUACAGGCUGUGGGCCAUUUUGAGACGAAAUUCAACGUGGAAGCGAUUCGACUCGAUCUGCCGCUAGUUGCAAAGGCUGUUGAGAUGUUGCUCUCCAGUCUGGAGGUCGAAGGUGAGCCCAAAAUCGCCGAGUAUCUGCUCAGCUUGGAGGGUAACAAAGGUCGGCUGAAUUGGAAGGUCGAGAUUCCGAAGUUUUUCGCCGGAAAGUCUGUUCACACACCUGGAGCCUUGUUCACCUGUAUGUUUGAUGACCUGGACAGGAAGUCCGCGAAGGAGAAAAUUGAGUCUGUUCGGCUUCGUGAUCGUCUGAUACGUCAAAUCAGCGAAACUCUUGGUGACGAUGGAAUUCUUCUGUUCCCGUCAUGGCCACAGACGGCACCGUUCCAUCAUCAAACCAUACUCACGCCGGACCGUUCAACCCUCGCCUACACGUCGUCAACGCACAUCGCGCUUCCCGUGAUGUCCAAUGUCCCACAGGAUUGGAUCGAGCAACGGCUUGCGCUGGAAUUCAGUGAUCGGUUCACCGAACUCGGAUCGGCUGCUCAUCGCCGCCGC